AUGAAAAAUAGUAAAAAUAGUAUUACAGCAAAGUGUGUUGCAAUGUGUGUUAAAGAUAUGAGAGCUUUUAAUGCCGUUUCCAGUGAAGGUUUCAGAGAACUAGGCCAAGAAUUAAUGCAUCUAGGUGCGCAUUACGGAGAAGUUAACGUGGCAGAUGUCAUGCCACAUCCCUCUACUAUAAGCAAACAUGUCAAAGAACAAGCUGAUGCAAUACGAAACAGCAUAAUGCCUUCUGUUAUUAACAAAACAUAUUGGUGUCUUGUGAACAAUGUUUUAUUUGCAACAAAAUUCCAUGACGUUAAGAAGACGGGAAUAAAUAUUAUGAAAGAAAUUGAAGAGAGGGUGGCUGAUUGGAACAUUACGCGGGACAUGUUGCAUAGUUUUGUUUUUGUCUCCGACCGGGAUGCCAAUGUAAUACAGGCUUUGGAAAAUCACGAAAGGAUUCCUUGUGCUGCUCAUUGUAUAAGCACAGCACUUAGCCAUACUGUCGGUGAAGGCAACUUCUUCUUAAAUACUGCAAAAUACAUUGUAAGAUACAUUACGAAAAGCGGCUUCUGCUCGUCUUUGAAAUCAUCGUUGAAACAAGAGGUCUGCACGCGCUGGAACAGCUUGUACACUAUGCUGGAAUCCUUACACAUUCAUUAUAACAAAGUUGCUGCUUUGCUGACGGAAAAGGACUCCGCUUACAGAUUGAAAGGAUAUGAUAAUGAGCUGCAUUUUCUGAGACCAUUUAAAGAGGACACAGAUGAAUUAGAAGGCGAAAAAGAACCGACAUUCCAGAGGACAGAGCACCUGACUGUAAAGUAUUCAGAAUGUAAUUUUGCAAGGAAUACAAUAUGUUUUUCUCACGGACUUUUACGUAAAAAAGCAGUUUCUUGA